AUGCCUCCAGUAACCAAACGUACAUUAUUACUGUAUACACAUAUUGCUAUUCUUUCUGCUGCUGCUUUUCAUUAUAUGAAUUUACUUGAAUCUGGUUGUCGUAUUAAUAAACAGUUUUACACAACAUCCAAAAGUUUACAUGAACUUGCCGAAUCAGCCGCUAGAAAAUUGAUUAUGGCUCGUCAAGAUGAUGCUUACAUGUGUCAUCUUGGUUUAACCACCGCAUCAUUUGAUGAAUUAUACGAAGAAUUCCUCAUUGAAUAUCCUAAUGUUUGCAAGACUGGACGUAAAAGAGUUUUUGACCCCGAGAUGAUCCUUGCUCUAGUUCUUAUGUGGUUAGACUGA